UCACAAGAAAAAUCUCACAAGAAUGCUUUCACUGUAUGUUCCUGUAAUUAUUUUUUAGGGAUAUUUGGACGUACCAGAUUGUUCUGUGUCUCAAAAUGAACGUCUAUUGUUCAUGUUUAUCGCGUGUGUUGUUAUGCGUUGAAUUAAUGUAACGUAUAUGCGUUGGCAUUCUCUUUGUGGCUUCCGGUGAUGAGAAAAGAUGGCCGACAUUCUCAGUCGAGAAAGACAAACAGCAUCGGCUUCUCUAAAGGCACAAUAUGGAACAGAAGUCGGUAAAGCAAAAUUAAAUUCCGUGCUAAAGACGCUUCUUAAUCCUGACAAAAGUUUCACCAAUGACAUUAAAGAUUGGUGCAAAUGGUUGAUUGCUGGAGGCGAAUGUCCAGAUGUGUUUCUGAAAAAGUUACGAGAUUAUGAUAGUUCACGGACUUGUGGCUUAGUGUGGCACAAGAAUUUUGUUGCUUAUCGAUGCCGAGACUGUGGUACAUCACCUUGUAUGUCGAUAUGUGCUGAUUGUUUUCAUGGUGGGGAUCACAAAGGACAUGAUUAUAACAUGUUUAGAAGCCACUCUGGUGGUGCUUGUGACUGUGGUGAUGAAAAUGUUAUGAAGAAAGAAGGGUUUUGUUCUUCCCAUGGUAAUAACAUAUCAUCGACUUCAUGUCCUCCUAAAGAUGUGCUGUACCUACCGAGAGCUGUGAUUACUCAUCUCUUUAAAAGACUGUAUAAAGAAGUGAAUACACUUCAGAAUGCAGAUUCAAUUUUAUCUGGCAAUGAUGAUAUUGAUGAGAUAGUGGAUUUUUUACAAGAAUUAUGCGAAGGAGAAGUGCUACGUGGUAUAACUUGUGAGACAAUCAUAGGAGAAUGUUUGGAUAUAAAUCAGUCUAAUCAGGAAUUAAGACAUGUUGAGAGGGAACAAUCUUCGUUACAUUUUUCACCAACAGUGUACAGAAGGGAAGAAUGUUGUGAACGAGAAGCAACAAGUGUUUUAGACUUAUUGCUAGAUCUUGUUAUUAAGUUGGAUUUUCCAGAGAAAUUGGUCACCUUUCUUCUCCAACUAUUGCCCAAUCAAGAAUACAAGGUUGCUUUCACCCAAAAAUUUUGUCAAAAGUACCAGGAAAUUGGGAAAUUACUAACGCUGUGCACAACCUUGCAAGAGGUGGAACAACUUUCGAAUAGUGUUGUACAUAUUAGUGUCCAACUAUUCAGUAAUCAGACUCUUGUGACAAAAAUGGUUCAAGAACAAAAUUUACUACAUGUCAUGGUGAAAGUUUUGUUAGAAAUGAUGAGAACAACGUUAGAGCCGAUGAGGGUUAAUGGUCAAAUAGUAAACCAUUUGGUUACCAACUGCGACAAGGCUGUGAUUAAGUUUCAUUGUUACUGGCCAGUGAUCAGCGAUUUAAUCAAUGUUGUCACUCAUCAUAAGAUUGCCUACAUUUUUAUGAAUGACCUUGAAUUACUUGAAAAGUGGAUGAAUUUCAUGGCGUGUCUUACAGGUAUGAACCGUAACGAACGUGUUGUAACUGAGCACAUCAAAUAUGAGCCAACUACGUACAAUGCUGCCUACUUCAUUGAAAUAGAGGCUGCUUCCUCUCCUAUGUGGAGUCUCAUUGCUGCUUCAUCGGGCUUGAAUGACAAAACAUGCUUGUUAAAUGUCAUCCGGCAAGCAUCGCUGGCCUUGGCCCGUUGGCAAACAAACGUCGGUCUUCAGCCUUCAAGAGCUGAGGUCAGUUUUCACCUCCCGUUACUUCGCUAUUUUUCUGGAUUCGUCAAACAGGCAAUGUUGCAGUUCAAUAUGAAUUUUGAAGAUUUUCAAUUUGAUCUUUGUCUUCUGACCAAGUUGCUAGAGUGGCCAGUGUGCAUACAGGCUGCUGUUUGUGAGAUCAGAGCUGGUAUGUGGACUCGCAAUGGUAACCAGAUUCAAGCACAGAGCGCCUGGUAUCAUCAAUGUCAUUUCUCAAACUCAAUGCUCGACUUGGACAUUUUCUUUCUUCAGAUAUGUGCCGCACAAUUGGAACCGGAAUACUUUCUCGAUGUUCUGCUUGAGAGAUUUCGUGUUGAACAUUGGUUUACGUUUCCGAGUGAACUCGAGUCGUGUUCUCCUGGUAUUGACGAUGAUAACAAAGAAAUGAUGGUGGAGGGUGUACUCUCCUUGAUCAUAACACUCUUAAGCUGCAGACUUCAUUUUGGAAUGACUGUGGAAGAAACAUUACGUCUGGAAAUGGUUACUCUCUUGUGUUUUGCUGAUAAAACACAUAGCCAACUUGUUGAUCUAGUACCAGAGCGAUACGGUCAAACAAUGAAUGCCCAACUUUUUGAAAAGAUUUUAAAAGAGAUCUCUGAUUACAAACAUCCAGGUUGUGACAGCAACGGAAUGCAGCAGGGAAUGUAUACGUUGAAAUCUGAAUAUUGGGAAACUCAUUUUGAUCCAGUCCAUGCUAUAUUGAGAGCCUUCAAUAGACGGCAAUUCCAGUCGGCAAUGGAGCGAUAUACGACACAUUUACGACAGCAAAAUUCCUGCUAUAUGACGUCAUCAUGGCCACCAUUUCGGCCUCUAACACCAGUCCCCAAAUCAUUCAAUGGAUUAUCCAGAUUGCUUCAUUGCAAGAAAUUACAUCGGAUGCUGUACCUAAUAUUGUAUAAGGCCACAACAAAUGUUACUUCAUUAUCAGAGCCCAUAGUUUAUAUGACAGUCCAUCUAACAGCGUUAGCAGUUCAGUCAUCUCCCUCAUGUCUUCAAAUGUUACCACGAGCCUAUCAACCUUCAUUAAGAGAUAGAAAUGACACUGGUUCUGUUAUCGUAACAAGAUGUUUACACUUUUUGGAUCGACAUGGUCGACGCGUGAAAAAUCUUCAUGUGAACGAAGAUUACAAAGAAAUUAACGAGACGUUAUUAACAGACCUUAUGUAUGAUCCUGGGUUAGUUCUGGAUAUUAGGACGACAUCAGUGCGUGAAGUCUCUCUCAUACUGGGACACACCCUGCAUUACAGAUUAGAUCCUCCAAUAUUUGCUACGAUAUUGCCAUAUAUGAAUACUGUACUGAGUCGUGCUUUGAAUAAUUCAUGCUCUCAACCAGAGAGAGACUCGCAAUUACAGCAUAUUCAAUAUUUGCUGGAAACUCUUCCUGCCUACAGAUACAACAUGGCCAAGAGCUUGAUUUCUUAUUUAAUAAGAUAUAUUGAGAAGGAGCAAAUUUCCAUGAAGAAUCUUUCGCUUAUAUGUGACGACUCACAGCCACUAGAGUUGACUAUGCUGUUCUCGUUCCUUAUCAAGUACCACGAGAAAUUAUUCCGGGUCUAUCGACGUUGUGAUGAUCUUCCUAGAGAUAUUUCCAGGCUUGAAUUUCCUUCAGAUUAUCUGGUAGACAAUAUACGACACGAACCAAGAAUAACGCCAGAGUUAGCCAGCAUGUUAAAUUUAUACAGUCAAGACAGUUUCGAAGAAAAGCAAAGGUCCUUGGCUUCAACGACUUCUGUAGUUUCUACUGAUUCAAGUAUGCAGUGUAUGGUAGACGAGUUCAUGGAGAUCACACAUAUUUCAAGAGAACUGGCCGUGUGCUUUCUUCAGAAAUACGAACAGAACCUGGAGAUAGCAGUAAAUAUUUUUCUAGAAAACUCUUCAUCCUUCACUGAAAGCACAGUAUCCAGUGGUUCUUGCAUAGCAAUGGAUGUUGAUGGCGCUCAUGGUGUUGAUAGUAACCAGGGUCCUGUGGUAAAGAUUUCGUCCCAAAUUUGUAGCAUGGAAAGUGAGCUGGAAAGUAGCAACUGUAGUUUACUAGAAAAUCCAGACGAUUGCCCAUCAAGCGCUGGCGUUUUGAACUACAGUAUAUUGUCUCUACUAAUGAAACUAAAGAGUGUUCUUCAGAUGACCGUUGCUUCACCCGUGUCACCCCGGUGCCCUCGAGUUCCAGUCGUGAAUGAUGGUGUGAAAAAAAUAGACAAAUUACUGGAGUUAAUUUGCUGUUUAAACUCAUCGAACGUGGAAGCGGUUGAUAAGCUAGAAACGAAAUGUUCAUUGAGCCCAACCGAUGAUAUUGAGGAUCCACUCCUCAAACAAGAGUUAAAGAAAAAAAGAGCGGAGGAAUCCCGAAAAAGAGCGUUGGAUGAAUGUCGACGACUGCAGGAGUCUUUCCUUCAAAAGCACUGUCCAGGUACAAGCCGUGGUGCGGGUGGUGAAUUAAGGUUUCCUGAGAGUAAAGUGGAAUUAUUUGAAUGUGCAAUAUGUAAUCAAAGCGUUUCGUCAACUGAAGAAGAACCUGUUGGCUAUGUCGCAUUCCUUCAAUCAGGAACCGUUUUAAAACAUCGCAAAAGAUCGGACACAUCAAAGCCACCAUAUGUUUCAAAUGAAGGAUCAUCAUCUAGUGAAUCAUCCUGCUGUGGCUCCAUUUAUUCUGCAAGACGAAAAUUUUUGCUAACAUAUUUUGAAAAGAAUAAAGCUACUCAAGCAUCUGAACUUGGCAUUGAUGGUGGUGUUCAUAUUCAAUCUUGUGGUCAUUGUCUGCACUUGAAAUGUCAUCACACCUAUCUCCAGUCGCUUAAGGACGAGCGGGCCUCGUUUCAUCGACACCAACAUGUUUAUGAUGUUACAAAAGAGGAAUUUAUUUGCCCCGUUUGUCGGCGUUUAGGAAACGCCAUUCUGCCAAUAUUGCCUUCGGAGGUUAUGCCACCGAUGUAUAGCAGGGAUAAGGCUGUAUGUCAUGCAGAUGUUCUGCGUGAGUUGGAGGCAACGAUGCGGAAAUCGUGUAAUAAUAACUGGACGAGGUUAACGACAAGUGCUCUGCAACCGAGUGUUUUAACCACGUCCGUGACGUUUCUGGUUGACACAAUCAAUCGCUUAAAAUUGAAAGAAGAACAUGACAAUAUGACGAUAGCACAACACAAAUUUUCACUCAUUCUUGAAACCGCCAGAUCCAACCUUGAAGCAGAACAUAUCGCAAUGCAAGCUGGAAAGUUAUCUUCCACAAGAAAACGUUUUUACGGUACAUUGUUGCAAACUUUGCAAUUCCAAUGUCAGACGCAUGUUCGUCCACUGUGCCACGUCUUUGCGCGUUUGACCGGAAAACCUGUGGAAUGUUACGGGAAGUCAGACGACGAAAUUCCAGGAAAAGACGUGCCUUUGUUGUUAUGGGAUUGUGUCUGCUUGCUUCUUCAGCUUGUUUUAUCCUGGCCAGCUCCACUUAAUCUUAGAAGUUUUCAAUGUUUGGUACAGAUUGUUUUCAAUGUUGUUCUGGUUCAAGCGUUUGUGAAAACCUUCUGUGCUCUCACUGAAGACGAAAGAAAGUCAUGGAAAGUUUGCGCAAAAAAAUGCAAGGGAGUUGGUGUUACUCGUUUGGAAACAGACGCAUUGAUGGGUUACGUUUGUUCGCAUUUGGCCGAUAGUAAGUUCUGUCGAGCGACAGAGGAAUGUCCUGGGAUAUCGCAAUCAGUCUGGUCACCUCAUUCAGUUGAAACAACUUUACAGAAACGCUGUCUUCCAUUCCUACGACUUGUUUCAUCUUUGUCGACGUUAUGUUACUCUACUGAAUGUUCUGUCACACAAGAUGAUGAAAAUGAGUUUUUUUUAUUAACUCAAUCACUGGCUCUUCAUAAUGAGACUGUACCAAGUCCAUCAUUCUCCAUCACCGAUUGUUUCAAAUGGUCACAUGAAGCGCCUUUAACGUUGAUAAAAACUUGGUGUAAACAAUUACGUCAUGUCUCUCAUCGACACGACUCAUUUUCUAAGGACUUAUUUCCAGGAAUGGAUGAAUGGGAAACACCAAGAUUAAUGGAAUUACCUGAACGCUAUUGUCUUUUAUUUCAAACGUAUCGCAAGAAAUCGUGUGAAAUAUGCGAGACAAUCCCAGAAGAACCAACGUUGUGUUUAGUAUGUGGAGCAUUCCUUUGUUUACGAGGCAAAUGCUGUGAGCGACAAAAUACACGUGAAUGUGUAAGGCACGCAAAGGAGUGUGGUUAUGGCACUGCAGUUUUCCUAAUAUUAAUGUCAUCGAGCAUAUUUGUAAUCCGUGGUGAGAAAGCAAGUGUCUGGGGCUCAAUAUACCUCGAUGAAUUUGGCGAAGAAGACAUCGAUUUAAGAAGAGGCAAGCCUUUAUUUUUGUGCCGAGAUCGCUAUAUGAAACUUCAAGAACAAUGGAUUACUCAUAAUUUUGACAGUAUCUGUAAAACAUGGCUGCCACAUCAUAAUAAUUUGUAAAUUAUCAUGUUGACAUAUGUAAAAAUUGCAUAAAUAUUUGUGUACAGAUUUUCCAAAGUUUCUAUGACUAUGUAUUUUAUAUUUAUAAGAGCAUAAUUUUGCGUGAAAGAUGAUAUAUAAUUAUUAAAUGUGAACGAAGCUUACUACGACGUGUCAUGUACUUCAUUACGUUAAUUAAACUGA